CAAAAUGUCUGACAUGGAAGAUGAUUUUAUGUGCGACGAUGAAGAGGAUUACGACCUGGAAUAUUCAGAAGACAGUAAUUCAGAGCCCAAUGUGGAUCUGGAGAACCAGUACUACAACUCAAAAGCCCUGAAGGAGGAUGACCCCAAGGCAGCACUCAGCAGUUUCCAAAAGGUGUUGGAGCUCGAGGGAGAGAAGGGAGAAUGGGGUUUUAAAGCUUUGAAACAGAUGAUCAAAAUCAACUUCAAGCUGACAAACUUUCCAGAGAUGAUGAACAGGUAUAAACAGCUCCUUACGUAUAUUCGGAGUGCUGUGACAAGGAACUAUUCAGAAAAGUCCAUCAAUUCCAUUCUGGACUAUAUCUCUACCUCCAAACAGUCAAAGAAAGGGGAAGAUAUUUUCAAAAUGGACUUGCUGCAGGAAUUCUACGAAACCACAUUAGAGGCAUUGAAAGAUGCCAAAAAUGACAGACUAUGGUUCAAAACUAACACAAAGUUGGGAAAGCUGUACCUGGAGAGAGAAGAAUAUGGAAAACUGCAGAAGAUCCUAAGACAACUUCACCAGUCAUGUCAGACGGAUGACGGAGAGGAUGAUCUGAAAAAAGGAACACAGCUGCUGGAGAUUUACGCUCUGGAGAUCCAGAUGUACACGGCACAGAAGAACAACAAGAAACUAAAAGCCCUUUAUGAGCAGUCACUUCAUAUUAAAUCUGCCAUUCCUCACCCACUCAUCAUGGGAGUGAUUAGAGAGUGUGGGGGUAAAAUGCACUUGAGAGAGGGUGAGUUUGAGAAGGCUCACACGGACUUCUUUGAGGCCUUUAAAAACUACGACGAGUCAGGAAGCCCGAGGAGGACAACCUGCCUGAAGUACCUGGUUCUAGCCAACAUGCUGAUGAAGUCGGGAAUAAACCCGUUUGACUCUCAGGAGGCCAAACCCUACAAAAAUGAUCCUGAGAUCCUGGCAAUGACAAACUUAGUAAGUGCUUACCAAAACAACGACAUCACCGAGUUUGAGAAAAUCUUGAAAACAAAUCACAGUAACAUAAUGGACGACCCCUUCAUUAGAGAGCACAUAGAGGAGCUCCUGCGGAACAUUAGAACUCAAGUACUUAUCAAACUCAUUAAGCCAUACACAAGAAUACACAUCCCGUUCAUUUCUAAGGAGCUAAAUAUUGACGUGUGUGAUGUGGAGAGUUUGCUGGUGCAGUGCAUCUUGGAUAACACAAUCCAUGGCCGAAUUGACCAAGUGAACCAGCUACUAGAACUGGACUACCAGAAGAGGGGAGGAGCUCGCUACACAGCUUUAGACAAAUGGACAAAUCAGCUGAACUCUCUGAACCAAGCAAUCGUCAGCAAGCUCACAUGAUGAUGUCGUCAAAAGCUGUGGCGAGGAAAAUGGCAUGUCCGAAUACAUCCGUAAAAAUACGCUACCGUGCUUCUUCAAGUAUAUCCUCCGAAAAACAAGAUACGUGGCACGAGUUUACCGAAUGCCAGCAAGACUGAGAAUAAGCAGAACGUGUUUGUAAUGUGUUACGUUGUCCAGAAGAGAGGAAGUCAUUGGUCAAAGUUUUUUUUUUUUUUUUUUUUAAUUUUAACCUGUUUCUGAUAAGCAGACCCACAUGCACACAGACUGCUCUGUUGUGUGUAAAAGUGUGUAAAAUAUAGACCGCAUAAAAGAAAUGAGCAUGGUUGAAAACUGUGAUCACAAAAGGACCUGUAGAAAAUAUGUGGGAAAAUUACGCUGCUUUAAAUCUCAUAACGUCAGUUAACAUUUUCCUGAUAAUCCUACGGUCUAAACGUAUUGUUGUUAGGCUCCUGUGGGACAGCCGUUGAGACGAGGACUUUCAGCAAAAUGCUGCGGAUGUCAAAAACUGAAGUUGAAAGUAGCCUAAUAAUUCCAGUUAGUCAACAGAGCACUUUGGGUCCCAAUCUGGGGACAGCGACGACAACAGCAACAUCCAUUUCCUUUAAACGGUCUAGAUUACAGAAUCAUGUACGCAACAUUUGCUGUAUACUGUUGCUAUCACACAAGAGACUCAGCUGCCUUUGACUAGCUGCAUUUAGCAAUUUGAAAUUGGUUAAAUAAAAAAAUGUUGUGAAUCAAAAAAGUCAGUGAUUUCAAUCGUUUUCUCGACUCCGUUGAUAAACUGCCUCCACGCGGCGGUGAGUGAAUCUUUUUCCAAAAGAUUCUGACUUGGUUGGAAAUUGACAAAUUAUUUUAACAUCCAUUUCACCUGUGGUAUUUGCACUUGGUACGGCAUGCAGAUGUACACAUCCAUUACAGUGGACAGACACUAUUGUUUCCUACUGGAUGCCAUUGAUUUUCAGUUGUGUUCUGUUGGGGAAUAAAUUGCUUUACAAAUAA